AGAAAAAAGUUAUUGUAUUGUUAUGUUGGUAUUGAAUGAAAGAUAUCAUGUGUCAAUACAGUAACUUGAUACUUAGUGACUAAAGCAAGUUGCAGAAAGAGAGGCAAUAUGAUGCAAUUGGAAGAUACAAAAUGAUGCUGCUUACCUGUGACUACAUCAUAAUAAAGACAGAGGAACAAGUGUCAGAAUGUUACAUGCCAACUUCAGGAUGCGCUGACCGCUGGGUGUAUGGGGACAGAACAAAGGGGGAAGCAUGGGGAUGCGUGGAGCUUCAGUCAUAUCAGAAAUAAAGGUUCUUCAGACCCCGAAGAAGAAAGUGUUCUCUACUCCAACCGAGCAGCAUGUCACUUGAAGGAUGGAAACUGCACAGACUGUAUCAAAGAUUGCACUUCAGCUCUGGCCUUGGUUCCCUUCAACAUGAAGCCCCUGCUGCGGCGAGCAUCGGCUUACGAGGCUCUGGAGAAGUACCCUCUGGCCUAUGUUGACUACAUGACUGUGCUGCAGAUUGAUGACAGUGUGACGUCAGCCUUGGAAGGCACCAACAGUUACCUCAUCCAACCAGAUCUGCCAGCUGUAUGCAGACACUGUACUCGCUCUGGGGCUGAGCCCUACCUUUCCUGCUCUCAUAGAGCCCUGGCAUCACGGGGAACACCAGUCAGCAAUAGAAUGACCAGAGCUCUCAUGGACUCACUGGGGCCGGAGUGGCGCCUGAAGCUGCCCACUAUCCCCUUGGUGCCUGUUUCCGCUCAGAAGAGGUGGGAUUCCUUGCCUUCAGAAAACCACACAGAGACAGCUAAAAGCAAGUCCAGAGAAACCACAGCUGCACAGAGCAGAGUGCCUUCUGCUGGGGAUGUGGAGAGAGCCAGAGUUCUGAAGGAAGAAGGCAAUGAGCUUGUAAAGAAGGGAAACCAUAAGAAAGCUAUUGAGAAGUACAGUGAAAGCCUCUCGUUUAGUAACCUGGAAUCUGCCACGUACAGCAACAGAGCGCUCUGCCAUUUGGUCCUGAAGCAGUACAGAGAAGCAGUGGAGGAUUGCACAGACGCCCUCAAGCUGGAUGGGAAGAACGUGAAGGCAUUUUAUAGACGAGCUCAAGCCUACAAGGCUCUCAAGGACUAUAAAUCCAGCUGUGCAGACCUCAGCAGCCUCCUGCAGAUUGAGCCCAAGAACGGCCCUGCACAGAAGUUGCAGCAGGAAGUUAACCAGAGCUUAAAGUAAAAACCCAAAGGGCAGCAGGAAACCUCUACCAGACCUCCUUCCUCUGUGCCUGCUUCUGGGACCCAACAGCCCCAGAGUGAGCUCAGAAGCACCCUCCUCAGCCCCUCAGAGGCAACGGCACCCCACCUCUUAAUAGGCCUUGCUUGUUCAAAUUAAGCUCAGUGUAGCCAAGCACAGGUACUGGUUUGCUGGAAAGGUCUCCACUAGAGCUGAAGCCCUGAUCCCCAGGCGCCUGCUUGGACAGCGGCAUGUCACGCAGCAGGGCCUUGCCAGCAAAGCAGUUGACUCCGUCCCCGCCCCAAGCAUGCUCUAAAUCAAGUGCUGCUCCUCUAGCUUCACCAGACCCUCACGUGGUUCACCUGAGAGUGGGGCUGAGGCAAGACAGGGUGGGCUGAAGGGGCAAGGGGUUGACUAGAAAGCCCUGGCCCGUCCAAGCAGCCUGGUGAGCUGGUUCUCUAGGGCUGAUGUCCCACCCUGUCCUUGGCACAGUCCCGUGUUCUGAGCCCCAGUGCCUUUUAGCCAGGGCUCUCUCUGCCCCGCCUUUGGUGGGAGUGAGGAACCCUGACCCUUGGAUGGCUUAGUCGUGGCUCCAAGCUGCGGCCUCCUGAUAGAGGUGCCUAAGCUGUUUCGAGAGUCCAGUGGCGUGGCCACUCCCAGAGGUGGGAUGGGGAGGAAGGCCUUGAAGUCUGCGUCCCUACGUUCCAGGCAGGGAUUGCCUUGUGACCCAGCCGUGGCUGCCGACCCAGCAAUUCUUUAUGUGAUGUUCAGUUUCAGCUGCCGCCUGUUUUGUUGAACUGUGUGUUGAAGCUAUCGCAUUAAAGUCUUCUACAUCAUGUCUGUUACACUUUCAUUUAUGCCUUUCUAGCUUUGUGCUUGGAACUUUGCAGUUAUAAUAAACCUGCUUAUUGAGUAUUCAUGCACUC